AUGCCGUCAUCCCGAAACCUAUCGGACAUGUUCUUCACGGGCGGGGCCACUACCUCACAGGCUGUUGAAGCCACCACCGACUCCCAGUUUGAGUCCACUUCCUUCAAGUUGAAGCGGACGCGGUCGUUGGGGCUCUUGGAUGAAUUUAUACCCGGAAAGAUCAAGGAGCUGUUUGUGCAAGACGAUUACCCACAUUUGCAGGAGGCUGACCACCGGCCGUCGUCUACAACCCUAGCCGACAUGGCCACUCAAGAGCGCUUUGGGAGCUUGGUGGAUGUGAAGGAAGCCAAGCUGAGCUAUACCAACCUCGGGACCUUGUUGCACGAACAGCACGAGUCGGUGGACGUUCCCCAGUGUGUCAGUGGUCUAUUUCACGACGACGUGAUGGUGGACAUACCGGAUAUCGUUUCCAACGGCUACGUUCCUAGUUUCGAGAAUCUCCCAAACGCCCCUAUCCUGAUGUACUCCGCCUCCCGAAAUACGCCAGCCCCUAAGGCCGCCUCCCAUAUUGUGCCAACCAACGCUGACAUCAUAGUUGCCACCAGCCCCAAGGUUGCCCCCUCCCCUAUGGAACCAGAUAACCCCAAUGCCGAUCCCUUUGCACAGCUUCAUGAUGACGGUGCCCUCGUGGAUCAGCCAAACUCUCACGUGGACUAUCUCAGUCACAACUGGAGAGAGAGUGACAUCUCGAAGUCUUGGCGAUAUAUUGUGCUUCGGAGAAAGGCAGUGGCCAAUAGUGCCAGACUUGAGAACGCCAGCUGGCGUACCUGGGCUCAGGCCAAAUACAACCUCAAAACCAUUAACCCCGCUACGGUCAACUGGCUGAAGGAUAGCGAUGUCACCUGGCUCUAUGGUCCGAUUUGUCAGGGUGCCACUGACUCUGAGUUUUUCAAGAGCAGCGGUAACAACCUCAGCGCGCUCUCUGGAGCCUCCACGUUGCAGAAAAACAACUCGUCUACGGCCUUAGAUACGUUUGUCCAUCUGUUUGACGAACCAAAGACCAAGCCCAUCUUGAAGAAACGCACGAUGCAAGAAAUCUUAUCCACAUCGAGCUACCCUGCCAGCAACAAUACCCCCUCUGUCAACCCAAAUGCCACCCAUAACUCUCUCGGAGGCACCAGCAGUACCAAGAAGGAAGAGCAGGGGUUGUAUCUCGACGACGUGAACAACACCUUCAACCACAACUACCAGAACAUCAAUCCCGUGCUCGUGCCUAUCUCCACCACCGCCUCCAAUACCUCUUCGCUGAUGAACUCGCCGGCGUUGUACCCGCACGCAGGGACGGCAUCGCCGCUAGUGUCGCACGAUUCCAUUGUGUCACCGACGAUUGCUGCGCUCACAAAGGCUAAGGUUUCAAAGAAGGACCGCCACAUCCAUUUUAACGAUAGAGUGGAGCAGUGCGUCUCGCUCGAAUAUACCGGCUCCGAAACAGAAGACGAGCUUGCUGGUAUGACCAUGCAUGAACGUGCCAGGGCCGGUGCAUUUAACUUCAACGACAGCGAGGACGAAGACAGCGAUAUGGAGGAUGAGGGUAAGCUUACUGAUGUGGAGGAAAGUGUACCGGUGAACUACAAUGGAGAUUUUACCGAUGAUGGCAACGAUGAUAGCGAUGACGACGGGUUUUUCCUCAGUGUGAGAUCCUCGUCCAGCUUGUCGUUACAACAGGGUGUGAUGGGCUUGACUAACAUCCCAUCCAAUGCUACCUCGCUUUCCAAUGACGCCGUGUCCCAGUCUGAGUCUCAGAAGCCACUGACUAUCAGAACGAUUGAGCCGUUGCCUGCGACCACGUUGAAGUACGGUUCUGACGAUGAAGACGAGGCGGAUGGUCAGUUUUCGGUCAGCCACAACCAGACGACCAAUAGAAGUGGGCCACAGUACAGUUAUAACUACGACUACAACUCUGUUUUUGUGUGCGACGAAAGUGCAACGCCUGGUAUCACCAUCGUGGAUGUGCCCGAGAGCUUGGAGUUGGACACAUUAGAUCUUGGGACCAUUCCCGUGGAGGCUGUGGUUGAUGUGCCAUUUGAGAUGCCUGACUACGAAGGGUCGUAUGACCUUAGCGGGACGUCCAGCAAUGGUGGGUAUGACACGAGUAACCUCAUUGCCACUGACUUUGAAGUGGUGGAUGUUCCGGCUUUGGGGCUUGGCUCAGAGAUGGUUGAUGUUCCGGAUUUCUCCGGUUCGUUUUCUCGCACGAGCAACUCUAACAUUGCUGGCACCUUUGCAAGAACCAGUAACCCCAACAUUGCUGGUUCUUUCUCCCGUACUAGCAAUCCCAACAUUGCCGGCUCAUUCCUCCGCCAAACAUCUUCGUCCACCCUCUCCAAGUCGGGCUCGCAGACCGGGUUUGGUUUCUCUAAUGUGCCUUUGCAUGCCUCCUCCUCUUCCAACGGAAACAUCAAGAGUUUUCUCUUGAACGAUGAUGAUGACUCCUCUGACUCGGACGAUGGUGCCCCAGGCGCGAUUCGUCCGCCAUCCUCAAUCUUCCGCACUUCGCCGAGCACAACCACUGUUUCACCAUCCACGGACAAAUUCAAUGGCUCGUUCACUAGCGACGGGGACUCGUCAUAUGCCUCGCUCACCUCAAUCGCAGAGAGAAACUCGAUCAAACAUGGAGAAGGAGACGAGUCUGGUGCCCCUAAUUCAUUAUUGAAUGUUGCCAAUGCUGCUGCAAAGGACCUUGCAAACAAGAUUGUCGGUGGAUGGAAGUAA